UAGUUUGCAAUCGAGAACGGAGGAGAAUGUCGAGCCCACUACUGGUAACACAACAAUCCCAAGACGCUUCUCUGCCGACUUGGGUGGAUCAGAAGGAGUUGGAAGCCUUGGCAAAGCAGAUCCCAGACUUCAGAAAAAUCGAGAGUCUUCGAUGGAAGUGGGAGACUCAACUGGCCGAUCCGGCACUCUGUGUUCACUUUCAGGUGCUUGUGGCAGACAACAAGAAACGGCAAGUGAGUUACCUAAUCAAGUCACCAGAAACAGUGUCAAUUGGACUAAAGGUGCCCAAAAAGGGGUAUUUCUCAACGGAGCGUCACAUGUUCGAAGUGGUGUUACCUGCCCUGGAGGAGCUUUAUCAAAAUUCAGAUAGAAUCGUUCACUUUGGACCACCAGUCAUCCAGGCAAAGCAGAAAUCCAACCACAUCUAUUGCGACUACAUUCUAAACAAGGGUUAUUCCGUGGCCAAUGGUCUCAAAGGCUUGUCCGUAACCGCCAUGGAAGGCGUACUUUCGAAACUGGCUGCUUAUCACGCCGGUACGGUUGCCUAUAUAGCUAAGAAUCCCGGAAAGAUGAGGGAGCUUCCAAAGCUUGGAGAGCAAUCAAAAUCGAAUGAAGAGGCUGCCGAACUGAAGAGCUUGUAUCAAUUAAGAUUUCACGAAAGUCUACGAUCGAACGACGUCAGGCAAUACGAAGAUAAGGUGAAAUCUUUUCAAAAGUAUUUGAAAUCCGGUACGGAGAUUCUGGAUUCGAAAGCUUCUUUCAACGUCAUUCUAAAUGGAUCUUGUUUGCCGAAUAACUUCCUCCUGCAAGUAGAUGCUUUCGGGAAUGUUAAGGAUACGCUCUUCAGUGGUUUUCAAACUGCCAAAUAUGGUCCGGCUGUAUACGAUCUUUUCAGUUUACUUCUCACGGCCCCAGCUGAAAAAUCUAUCCGAUUUGAUGGUUAUGUGAAGUUCUAUCACGAUCAGUUGAUCGAAAAUCUGAAACUCCUAAAGUUUCUGGGAAAGAAGCCCAGCCUCACGGAUUUACAAUUGGAUUUACUGAAAUACGGUCAUUGGGCAUAUGAAACUGCCACGGAAAUACUGCCGAUCGUUCUCUCGGAUUUGGGAGACAACGACAUUGAAGAGCUCUUUAGGAAUCCCGUGUUUGGGGAACAAAUCAGAGAGCUGCUGCCAUGGAUGGAGAAUCGUGGUUACUUUGAAGAAGACUAGACUAUAAGUAGUCGAGUUGAAGAUGAUUCUACAAUAAAUAGAUACCCCCCUUACACACUUA